GGCCAGGGCCAAUCAGCUUGAAAUCAGCAGAAUUUCGCCAGGCAGCCCUCGACCUUCAUCCCGGCUUCAAACAGACCCCCCGGCUCGGGCUGCAGCACUGCGACACUGGCCACCGGGCUGCCUCCUGUUCCCAGCAAGGUACAGCCCUCCCCAGAACCACAGCGCCAGGCCCAACAGAACCACACGGCUUUUCAAUAGGAUCCCUGAGCCGCCGGUGCGAGACAUGGCUGUUCUCAAAGUCCUGGUCUCCUUACUCUUCAUUUACCACUUGAGUGGUGGAAAGCGGCUGAGAGGAGGCAGUUCAGACACCCCAGAAGGACACCAGUCUGCUGGAGCAAAAAAGAUGGCUUCCGUCCCCCAGUCCAUCUUCCGGAUGUACGCGGAAGGGGACUCCAUGGAGGACACCUGCAGAGUCCUGCCCCACCAGCCGGAGAGCCUGGAGUCCUGCUCCUUCAACACCUCCCUCCCUGUGGUCAUCAUCAUCCACGGCUGGUCGGUGGACGGGAUGAUGGAGCACUGGGUGACGCACCUGGCCAGCGCUCUGAAGUCCGCCGUGAGGAACAUCAACGUGCUGAUCGCCGACUGGCUCCUGCUGGCGCACCAGCACUACCCCAUCGCGGUGCAGAACACGCGCGUGGUGGGCCGUGAGAUCGCAGACCUGCUGCAGUGGCUGUGGGAGGCCUACCAGCUCUCUCCGGACCGUGUACACCUGAUCGGGUACAGCCUGGGGGCUCACGUUUCGGGAUUUGCCGGCAGUUAUAUCAGCGGCCCCAGCAAGAUUGGAAGAAUUACAGGCCUGGACCCGGCGGGGCCGCUGUUCGAGGGCAUGUCUUACACCGACCGACUGUCUCCUGACGACGCCAACUUCGUGGAUGCCAUUCACACCUUCACCCAGCAGCACAUGGGCCUGAGUGUGGGCAUCAAACAGCCCGUGGGCCAUUACGACUUCUACCCCAACGGGGGCACCUUCCAGCCUGGCUGCCACAUCAAGGACUUGUAUCUGCACUUGGCGCAGUAUGGCCUGUUGGGAUUUCAGCAGACAGUGAAAUGUGCACACGAGAGGUCGGUCCACCUGUUCAUCGACUCCCUGCUCAACGAAGACAAGCAGAGCAUGGCCUACCGCUGCCACGACAACAAGUCCUUCAACAAGGGCAUCUGUCUGGACUGUCGCAAGAACCGCUGCAACACUCUGGGCUACAACAUCAAGAAGGUCCGCACAGGGUCUAGCAAACGGCUGUACCUGAAAACCCGCUCCCACAUGCCCUACAAAGUGUACCACUACCAGUUCAAGAUUCAGUUCAUCAACCAGAUUGAGCAGAUUGAACCUUCUCUUACAAUCUCCCUCACGGGCACUAAAGAGGAAAGUGAGAACCUGCCCAUCACUUUUGUCGAGGAGAUAACUGGCAACAAGACCUACACUUUCCUCAUCACUCUGGACACAGACAUCGGGGAGCUGAUGGUGCUCAGGUUUAAGUGGGAAGGCAAUGCAGUGUGGGCCCACAUCUGGAACAAGAUGAGGACCAUCAUGCCCUGGAGGAAAGGGGCCAAGGGGCCAGAACUCACUGUGGGCAACAUCCGGGUCAAGGCUGGAGAGACACAGCAGAAGGUCUCCUUCUGCCCCCAGAGCGAAGACAACAGUCAGCUGCAGCCUGCUCAGGAGAAAGUGUUCGUGCGCUGCGAGGAGAACCCCAACAGGAGACGGAAGAAGAAAGUCAGCAACUGAUCCGCAGACACGGGGCCAGGAGGAGCCAGGGGAUGAAGACAAGCGAGCACCACUUACACGGGCGGUCACCACGCGCUCGGAUGGUUUUGUUUAUUGAAGAAGUUUCUCAAAGGCGAAAGUCUGCAUGUUUUCUUUCCUUUCUCUAUCUUGUAACAAGCCAUUCUAAAAAUUCUGACGGGGGGGAAAAACUAUUUUUUAUGGGUUUUAAAAACAAAGGUUUAGUUACCAAACAAAAAGCUUUACUACAGCUUGCGUUGCCAGGAAGAAAAAAAUCCCAACUGAAGGGCACAUUGUCCUGUACAACGCUAUACUGAGCAUCGCUUGUGCUGAAAAGGGGCACCUUUAGUAAUCUUUAAGAAUCACAAUCCCCUAAGUUUUAUAGGUACAGUUUUUACAUCAACUGCCACACAAUUGGGAACAAUGCUUAAUAUACCCAGUCAUGAAGACUCAGAAGGAGCUAAGGAGUAGUACUGCAACUCAAGGGGAGCCAAGCUGAUAUUCGAUUAUCAAUGCUAUCUACAGUAGGAGCUACAGACAAAGACAGCUGCAAUGACAGAGUUCACUCUACUCUCUGGCACAAGAUAUAUGGCACAGAACUUAAAUAGGGAAAUGUAACAUCACCAUGUACUGUACAAAGAAAAGUACCAGUUAAUUUUAAUAAAAAGUGAGAAAACCGUU